GGGCAUGACCGGAGACGAGGGAGGACCAGCCGUAACACACUGGGUUCUUAGCGCAUCAAUUCAGCGGCAGAUCGCAUCGUAUCGCACCCCACAGGAGUGCGGAGGUCACACACGCCAAGUGUCCCUCUACCUCUUUCUGUCUCUGUGUCUUUCUGUUUCUGUCCGGACGUCGAUAAGCAUGGAAGACCCUCACUAGAGACACCACGGAGAGAUACACGUUAAUACCGAGCAUGGCUGUGGACGCUGCGUCCAGUUUCAGUUUCUGCCGGGCUGCGCUGGACCACACAGUCUCAGCGGAGGAGCUGAACUAUCAGCUCCCACGGAAGGCUGGCGGCAACCUGACUUGGCAUGACGGCCGCAGCCCAAGGACAGCGGGCAGAACUGUCAAACUACUGCAGCAGCCUGGCACUGAGGGAAUACAGAUUCGUCCAGGUGAGGCCUUUGCAGUGUAUCACACCAGUCCAACGCUGUCCAGUCUGUCAAAGCCUGUAGUGCUGUGGACGCAACAAGACGUGUGCAAGUGGCUGAAGAAGCACUGUCCACAUAACUACCUGACGUACGUGGAGGCAUUUUCUCAUCACGCCAUCACAGGUCGUGCUCUGUUGAGGCUGAAUGGUGAGAAGUUGGAGCGUAUGGGCAUCGUGCAGGAGACACUGAGGCAGGAGGUGCUGCAGCAGGUCCUCCAGCUGCAGGUCCGAGAGGAAGUGCGCAAUCUACAGCUGCUCAGCAGAGCAUCUUUCGGCAACUUUUCUUAGCUCAUCCAUCCAUUUGGCAGCUCUCUUCUCUCCGCCCAACACAAUGGAUCCCUGAUAAGGAGAGGAGGCCCAGCUCCAAACUGACACUGACAGAGGAGAAGAUAAAGAGAGUGAGCGAGCAAGCGAAAGAGAGAGAGAGAGACAGAAAGAGACUGAGCUCAGGCUGGUGUUAGAAAAGAAAAAGUGUCAUUCUUGGCCAAAGCAGAGACCAGAACAUCUGCAUGCCGAGCCAAGCUGAUGCGCUUUUAAAGGAUGCAGGCUGAGAAAGACAAUGCUACAUUCAUACUGUAAUAUAACUAUAAAAUUCAACACUAACCACAUCUGCACUGAACUGCAUUACCAAGUGUUUCAUCAAAGGACAGUCCAGCAGUUUGACACUCUACUCUUAUUGGACUGUGGAUGCUGAGGAACUUCCUAUUAAAGCUGCGGCUAGACGGACUGUUGAUAAAAGUCAAUUAACUUAAAUGGGAAAGGAUGCAGGAACAUGAACAAAGCAAUCUUCUUCUAGUGUCUGAGUUCGUCCAGGUUUACUUCAACACCACAAAUCUGCGACCGUUGGAAGCGUGAGCCAAAAGAACACAAGAGCUGGGCUUUAGGCUUCUCUUUCAGAAAAAGCAAAUUGGAAAAUUAAAUAUUGCAGUUUCAGAAAACACAUUCAUUGCAAAAAACAAACAAACAAACAAGCAAGCUAGCUAGCUACAAUUAGCUGGUCACUGAAUCACUAUGUUCCAUCUACAAUCACCAUCCAUAACUGUGGGUCUGGAGUGACCACUACUUUAUGCUCACCUAGAUCCAGCCAGCCCCAUACAAAGUCCUAUUUCUUACAAAUGAUGUGAGAAAAUGGCAAAACUGACCUUGUGUCAGCAUAGAUGGGUUAAAUCUACAUCUAUCAUCUACCUACAUGGACAAGAGGAUGCUGAAAAAUUAAUGUUCCUAAAGUCAAAACAAAAACACUGUCAUCUUCCUUGCCCUGUCAAAAGACAAAAUACCUUGCGUCUGGCGCUUACAAGAAUUGAUGUGCUGCUGUCAGCAGAAAUAGAGCAAAUAGAAUUAGUAUUCUAGAGUAGAGAAGCCAGAGAUUUGAAUACCUAGAGCUCUCCUGUUCCUGACACAUGUGCUUUGUUAUUUAAGGUCAAUGGAUACUUUAACAGAGUCAAUGGCACAUUGUAUUUAAAUGGACUCAUUGCUGAAUGUCAACAUGGAUAGACAGGCACACUUCAUAACCAACUUUCAACAAUGUAUUUGAUUUCUUCUCAGGGUGGGAAAAUGAGUUUUUUUAUACAUCCUAAUGAUUACAUCUGCCGCCCGUUGUAGCCCGUUCCCGAAAGCACUUAAGUUACAACUUAUGAUUUAGAUGCCUUUUUUAGGUCUUGCUAUGAGAUGUACACAAUGUAGCUGUCUAGGAAAUUUCUUUGUAUACAAUAAACACUUUGUCUGUAAGAAGCAUAAAUAAAGUUUAUAUGAUAGGGAUACAUGUUUAGAAUCUAGGAAUGAUAAUUGUCAUUACUUGUAGAAGUAACUCUUAGAGUUGUCUCUGCACUGUUCAAAGCAAUAAUAUGAUUGGUCGCUGUGGAAUGAUGAUGGUCAUCUAGGUUAUGAAAUUCCAGUCAUGCCCUCAUCUCCUUUUUAAACGUGCAUCAUGCUUGGAUGGUAAUCUGCACUUUAAAAAGAGCACCUGUUUGUGUUACGCCACUGCUGCUUCCAAUAUGGUUGACCAAUCAAACGCCGAGUGACCUAAUGUGUUAUGUAAUGUAAGAAGGUUGAUCAAUGGUCAGUUUUUUCUUUGAAAUCAAAGUGAAUAUGACUGAGAGGGGACUGAUCCUGGAUCAAAAUUCUUGCUUCAUUAAUAUGGGCCUUCAUGUCUUCCUGUUUCAAAGGCACAACCCUCACCAUAAUCACUGUGCUUUUAUCUUUUAUCUCUCAUGCUUAAGAAUUAUUGAUGUAGUCUUGGAGACAUUAGAAUCCACAAACAUUGUGAUGUCUGUGUAACAUUUAUUCUGUGUGUAUUACAGAAAGAUUUCUGCAAUGCUGUAGAGUUCUGAUGGGAUGAAACAAAGAUUUAGAGUAUUACGGACAGUUUUUUUCAAAGAACCUACAUGAUAGUAAACCAGACUUUUCAUGAUUUUUAAAUAAAAGUGUUUGAUGUA